AUGGCGUUCAUCAAGCUGCUCAGGAAGACCAAGGACGAGCCCUCGCGGCUGGCGAAAGCGGUGCGUCACCUACAAGUUACGCUGGAUGACCCCCAUGCGACAUAUAGACCUAGGGACGUACUGUUUGGGCAGGUACUACUGGACUUGAAGCAGAACGUGGCAAAUGUGAGGGUACGGCUGACAUUUAUCGGCGAGGUGAAGUCCAAGUACGGCACGGCGCACAAGCGGGGUGGUUGCUUCAUGGAGAAGUCGACAGUGCUAUAUGGAGACGACGGUGACUUGGAUACAGACGAAAUGGAGCCUACAGUCAAUGGGCUCACAAAAGGUGUGCACAAGUUCCCCUUUAGUAUACGAGUACCGAGCGGCAAAAAGAUACAUUCAUCUAUAAAGUUUGAGCGAGGUUCCGUUUCUUACCAUCUGAUGGCAGUUUUUGAGAGUGUUGUGGAGCCAGAGGGUGUUAGCGCAAAGGUUCGCACGAAAGUUAAUAUACUCGUGCCAAUAGAUGUUUACAGAUAUAGUGAUGUAGUUGUCAAGACCAUACUGCUGAACUCGAAUGCUAAGAGUAAAUCUCACAAAAUAAAUAGCAACGACCACAAUGGUCAUCUAAAUGGUGAUGUGACUACUCUUACUACUAGCGAUGGGUCAAGCGAAGGUACAAAGAAAACUAUUUCGGAAUCGCAAAUAAUUAACAAUUUGUCACAAAGGCAAGUUCUCCAGAAAUCAAAAUCUGAAGGUUCAAAAUCCGAGAGCAUUCAGGCAUCUACAGGCCAGAUAAAUCAGCUUCCUGAAACAUCAUCACAAGUAUCUUAUAAUGCUGUGCUCACCAAUGGCAUGAACAGGGAUGCAGAUAAUCAAACUGUUAAAAUUGAUGUCCGCUUACCGCAUUCAGGUUUUGUGCAGGGUGAAUACAUUCCCCUAACUAUCAAUGUUAGUCACUAUCGGGAAUAUUACCACCCUGCUGGAGUUAUUGCAACUUUAGUGAGGGUAUGCAAAGUUGCUAGUGGCAGAAAGGAGGAUACAAAGGAAAUUUAUAGAAAAGAUAUAUGCCAGAGUAUUUCUCCAUUGCUUAUAGAAUCCAAUAAACUGGAAAAUACCAUUUCUACUUAUCUAAAAGUACCGAAUGACAUUAUUGCAUCAAUGACUAGCCUGCCAGAACAUUUUACUUUUCAAUAUUUCGUUGAAGUGGUAAUAAACUUAUCCAGGAAGCUUGAAAUAUAUUCCCAUUCCCAGAAACCGUUAUCGUAUAUACUGGAGAAGCAAAAAACAAAAAAACCUCUGACGAUACCACGAGAUUUGAAAGAGCUGAACUUACCGGCAUCCGUCAAUGAAAAUGGCGCAUGGGAAGUACCACGACCUUCUCUUAAUAACGAAAAGUCGAAUGGUGGUAUAGACAGUUCGAGAAAUGACUUCCAGAGUAAAUUUGGUUCAGCAUUCAAUAAGUCUACAUUGUUCGGUUUAAAAAAUAUUGAUGAAAUUCAUGUGGCCGAACAGACAAUAAUAUUUGAUGACAUGGUUGAUGUAGAAAGAUUGAAACGCAUGAGAAAUGUUGCAGGUCUCUCCAUUGAAACAAUAAUAGGCAAUAAGAGGUCAUCUCCUGCAAUUGAUUUAGCUAAGCUAGAGAUAUCAAAAUUAUCUCAGGGUAAGGUCAUGAAAUCGAAUGGAACAUCGAAAAACACAAGCUCUUCGGGUUCGAUAGAAUCGAACAGUAUUGUGCGUUAUAGAUACAUUUCUUUCGAACAAGAUACUCAGUCAUCUACUGACUCCUAUGACGAAGAUAUAACGAAGAUGGGUAAUCAGUUAAACGAAUGGCUGUCACCUGCUAAUGCCUAUGAGGAAUAUUAUCCGGUACCCGAAUACAGCGCAAAUGAAAAUGUCUUUGCUUCUGAAGAUAAGCAGGAAUUAGAAUACAAGCGUUUGCACGAGCUUGAGAGUGAUCCUCCUCAAUUUUAA